CUCCAGGAGGGGGCGGUCUCGGGGAAGCGAAAAGUGUGGUAAGCGUGCUUUCAGCCUCACCUGCAAAAGCACCUGUUCCGGCGCCGUUCUUCCGCAGGGCGGACGCGGCCUCGAAGGGGCACGGGGAACGCUCGCGCGGCUCGUCAUGGCCUACCCGGGAUACGGAGGAGGGUUUGGAAAUUUUAGUGGUCAGAUGCCAGGAAUGCAGAUGCAAAUGGGACAGCCAGUGCCAGGAACAGGGCCAAACAUGCUCCCUGGUGGAUAUUCUGGGUACCCAGCAUAUUCAGACAGUUAUUCCUCAGCGGGAGACCCCAUGUGGACUUACUUCACUGCUGUUGCUGGACAGGAUGGUGAAGUGGAUGCUGAAGAACUCCAGAAAUGUUUGACACAGUCUGGAAUCACUGGAACUUAUUCUCCCUUCAGUUUGGAAACCUGCAGAAUUAUGAUUGCCAUGUUGGAUAGAGAUUACACAGGAAAGAUGGGAUUUAAUGAAUUCAAAGAACUUUGGGCAGCUCUUAAUGCCUGGAAGCAAAACUUCAUAACUAUUGAUCAAGAUCAGAGUGGCACAGUAGAGCAUCAUGAAUUGAAUCAAGCUAUUGCUGCUAUGGGUUAUAGAUUGAGUCCUCAAACAUUAACUGCUAUUGUUAGACGUUAUAGCAAGAAUGGCAGAAUCUUCUUUGAUGAUUAUAUUGCUUGCUGUGUGAAGCUUCGAGCAUUGACAGAUUUCUUUAGGAGAAGAGACCACUUGCAACAAGGGGUUGUGAAUUUCAUAUAUGAUGAUUUUUUGCAGGGCACUAUGGCAAUUUGAAUAUUUAGAAUUUGAAAGGUGAAGAAAUACUGUGAAUUUUUCUGCUUGGAAGAGACAAACUGGAUCACUUUGAAUUAACACUUUUGGAGCUUUUCCAUAUUCCUACUUGUUAAAUCUUUUUCCUUUCUAUGUGUUUUUGCUUUAGCACACAGUUCAAAGCAAUAAAAGAGAUGUUUUUGUAUUUGGGAUAUUAUUGCUUUUGGAAAAGUUAUCACUCUACAGCUAUCUGCAUAAUGUCAUAAAAUAUUGGUAUGAUUAAUUUAUAUAAAUAUCUCUUAGCCUUAAUUUUUAAUAAUAUACACCUAGAGGAAUGUACUUACGAGAUAGAUUAUAUAAGAAGCCAAAUGAUCAAAGCCUAGAUAAAACUAAUUUAUACUUAUCUGAAAGUUACAAAUCAUGCAUUGAAAUUUUGUUUGUAGUUGUUGGUGUUUCAGGGUGAACUAGAAGGAGAAUCCUGGAUUUUGUGCCAUAUUCGUAAUAGGGUUUGUUCUUUGAUCACAUAAUCAGAGAACAGAAUCUUCAUGGGUCUUUGUGUUGAAGAAAAUUGUAGUUCCUAAAAUUUUAUUUUAAAUUGCCUUAGGUGGACCAUAAAAUAAUCAAUAAUGAAAUAAGACUAUAGGAGGCAAUAUCUUUUCUUUUUUGCAUUUUAUAUUUUUCUUCAAUAUGUUUUGUUGUCUCCUAUGGAAAAAAGGUUCUUAAUAAACAACUUUUCUCUCUGCACUUUAUUUUGUUAGUGAAGACAUAGAAAACCUGAAAUGGCAUCUUUCUCUAAAUCUAGAUUUUUCUGGAAAUGACAAAUUUUUAAUGAAAAGUCAACAUUUAAAUUUGUUCUGUUAAGCUGCAUUGUUGUGUAUACAUAAUGCCAACUGUUUACAAAGUUAAAAAAAAGUAGAUAAUCUACCACUCUGUUUAAAUUUUCAGAAAUUACAAAUUUGUCUUUCUUGACAACAUUAGCUGGUGGUUUUGGCAUUAGUAAACCAGUAAGUCUUUUAAAAUUCCUUUGAGCACAUCUGUGUAAUGUGGGGUACUGCACACGGUAGGCACCAUGGUGACAUUUCUGAGUGAUAUUGCUAUGGAAAUUGCAAAGUGGAGUCACCAGAUCCUUAGCAUUUAAAAUCCCUAGUUAUAAGCUGUUAUAAUUAAUCCAGCCCCUUUCUUGGGAGACACCCUAAGUUUUUCUUAAUGAAGAUUUAAUAAACCACAUAUUUUUCUUAUACUGUAACUGAAUAUCUUCUAGCUUAAAGGUGAAUACAAAUUGACAUAAUUUUAGUAUGGCUGAUGACCAAAUUAAUCUAUAAUUUUUAUAAAACUCUGCAUUUCUUAAAGAAUGAAUGGCACUGUCCUGGAAAGGGAAGUUCCCCCUUCUACCCUUCUUGUGUUCUUACGGCUAGACUAAUAGUAAAAUUUACACAAGACCAGAUUAACAGGAGAAAAACCCCGUUUAAUUACGUGUGCACGGGAGAGUUAUGAAAAUGAUGCUUGGUGAGUGAACGAAGCAGGCAGUGUGUAUAUCUUUUACACAAAAACCAAUAAAUUUGUGAGGAAUUGACAGGAUAAAGAAACUUAGGUUUGAGGUAUGUGAUUAGUGAGGAAGUUAAACAGAGUUUAGGCUGCAGACAGUGAAUUAACAAGGUUUGUUUCUGCAGGCCUCUGAGCCCUGUAUCCCCCAGCUCUGGCGAUAAGGAUGUAGGGAGAGUGCCUUUCACCUGGGAGAUUGAUUUCCUGCUUUCAGAGAGACAAGGGAGGGUCCCAGUGCUCUUCCUGUACUGGUUGCUUCUCGAGCGACUUGAAUUCAAAAUAAUACGCCAUUGUGGAAUAUUUUGAGGCCGCCUGUCCUGGGCCCCAACAGCAGUAUCUUGAAGAAAACUUUUUAUAAACUUACGGAAUUUUAAAUCAACCUUCACUUUAAAAAAUCCUGGAAAGGAAGUAAUGUAUAGUCAUUUUGACAUUGAUGAUUUUAUAUAAUUAGCCGUCAAAUUCAUUUGGUCACUUUUAUAAAAAUAUGUGAAUAAAUAAUUCAUAUAACUUUGUCCUCUGGCUGUUAAUUUCUUUUCAGGAACAUAUAUUUGAUAAUGUGAGAGGAUGUUAACUGAGCCAUAAAAAAUACAGAAUUCUGAUUAGAAGUGCUGUAGGCAAAAGCUAAUGUAAACACACUGUGUAUCGUUUACGUUGAAUAAUGGUGAUAAUGUGACACAGCAGCCUGGAGUCAACCUCCAGCUUAAAGCCAGUCCAGCUACUGUAUUAUUCUGAGGUCAGUUAUAAUUUUUCUUACUAAGAGACUUGUGGUUGAGGUAAAACUUGAAAAAUGGCAUAUGGUAUUAUUCAUAUAAGUUUCUGCCAAAUAACACUUUGUAUUAGAACUCUUUGCACAAUUCUCUAACUCAUCCUUUUCCAAAGAUGUUCCUGUGACUUUUGGUCAUAGGAGAUCUGUGAAAAAGGAGUUUGCAUGUCCAAACAUAUCUGGGAAAUUCCCAUGCUCCUCAGGGAGCUGGAUAAAGCCUAAGGUACAUAAAAUCCUAUUUAAUUUUACUUGACCGAGUUUUUUAUGAACUUUUUUGACUACAGAACCCCUUUCCCUAGCAAAACUAAUGUUCUGUGCCAAUCCAACUUAAUUGUCAGACGAUUCUUUUGCACUUUACAUUAAAUAAAUAAUCUUAUAAACACCUUAGGCAUACGCAAUAUUUUACUGGGAUUUUUGUACUGAAAUGCAAUUCACUUUUUUGAUGCUUUUAAGAUAAUUGAUGUAACAAGCAUCCAUUACUAAAGUAAAAAUUAAAUCGUUUUAUGAUGGACAUGACUGGAAUAUGAAUGGAGUAUGGUAGCUUGUACUGGUUAACUCACACCCAGUUUUCUUAUGAUGAUGUAAAUUAUUGAAUAAUGUACACUUCAAUGUCUAAGUGCUUUUAUUUAUACAGUAAACGUUUCCAUGUCAUUUUGAGAUUUUUUUAAUAAACAUUCAAAUAGCUUGCUGUGAAGUUUUGUAUCAUACAAAAUCUGUUACAUAUAUAUUAUGAGAUGCUUCAGUUCAAAUAACAGUGCAAUAAUUCAUCUCUGCCAAAAACACUGCCAAAUGAUUAAAUGCCAGCUAUUGCAGCUCCAUUUCGAGUGGCAGUUUACACAUUGUAAAUGACAUUAAGGGGAAAUCAAUACUAUUAGAAUCUUAAUUUGGUCCACUUUGAAUGUAAUUUCAAGGACUGUGCUCAUUUUAUCUAUUUAAGCAUGCAUGCAGAAACAAAAAAUAAUAAAAAAGGUCAAGUGAUAUGUUUAUUUCCAGAAAAGACAUUUACCUGGAAGAAAGUAGAAUUUAUUAAUGUAAUUUAAAGGCUGUUGAAUUAAAAAAAAUAAUUUGUAAUUAUUUAAGUUAAAUAUACAAAUCAAGUUCGCUUGUAAUUUUAUGGCAUUACUAAACUGGACAAACAAAAUAAAUACUAUUUGUCAAAAA